AUGUCGAAAGAAUACGAAGGUCAAGACCUUCGGGACAUCGCCAAAAAGGCUGAGCAAGACCUUGCCUCAAACCACCUCAAGCGUGGCGCACAAGACGGCGGAUUUGGAGGGAAGACGGACAAAGGUGGAAGUACGAGCACCGAUGAAUCCGGUAUCGACACAUCUGUGACCAACAAAUUCCCAGGCAGCACUGCUGAGUACGGAAGCAAGGUUUCUGGUGCUGGAAAUAAUCGAGAAAUCCCCAUAGAAGAAGGUGGCGAUAUUCAAAAAGGCACAGGUCGACCGACCAAGGCAGGUGACUUCGACCAGGGUGAAGCUGGUGAAGGACCAGAACAUGUCGCUGCCAGGUAUGCGCAGGACCAGGGUGGAAAUGAUGAUGUGAGGAGCAAUAUCAGGCAGUGA